GGACAUAGCACUGUGAGAAAGAGAGAGAGGGGCUGUGUUUCCCUCUGCGCUGUGGAAUCGGAAGACCAUCCUGUUAUGAUCUGAACGUGUCCAUGUGUGCGAAAAAUGGGUGUUUUUUGGCCUAAUCGGUCCUGAAAAAUCUGUUGUCUAUUGUGUCCUCGAUGUUACCACAGGUAUCCAGUGGAGAAUCCCGGAAGAAAAACUCGUAAGGCAGGUUAUCAACUUGUUUGCUUAGCCUGCACCUUUUUAUUCUAAAAACAAGAGAGCGUCAAUGGAAGUCACUACAAGAAGUUUUUGAAGAUUUCUUUUAAUUUUGAAAGGUCUACUCACGCAAAGAUGAAGGAGUUGAGAAAAAGAAAACUGUACGUGGUGGUGGACGUCCUGUGCGUUUUAGUGGCGGCUCUCCCCUUCAUUGUCAUGACGAUUGUGUCCAAGCCUUAUCACAGACGUAUCUACUGUGACGACGAGAGCAUCAAGUACCCCCUCAAACCUGACACCAUCACACAUGGCAUGCUGGCCGCUGUCACCAUCUCCUGCACCGUCAUCAUAAUCUCAUCUGGUGAAGCCUUUUUAGUCUACAGCAAGAAAAUACACUCAAAUUCCAAUUUCAACCAGUACGUAGUCGCUCUUUACAAGGUUGUGGGGACCUUUCUGUUUGGAGGAGCUGUAAGUCAGUCUCUCACAGACUUGGCCAAGUACACUAUCGGCCGCCCAAGGCCAAACUUCAUGAGCGUGUGUGCGCCCAAAGUCUGCACGAGCUACAUUGAAGCAGAGAACUGCACUGGGAGGCCACAGGACGUUACAGAGUCCAGUUUGUCCUUUUACUCGGGGCAUUCGUCAUUUGGCAUGUACUGCAUGCUUUUCUUGGCGCUUUAUGUGCAGGCCAGACUUGCUGCUAAGUGGGCCAGACUUCUCAGACCAACCAUCCAGUUCUUCCUGGUGGCCUUUGCUGUGUAUGUGGGCUACACUCGCGUUUCUGAUUACAAGCACCAUUGGAGCGACGUGCUGGUGGGACUGCUGCAAGGAGCACUGGUGGCUGUGCUCAAUGUGCACUUUGUGUCAGACUUCUUCAAGAAACGCCCGCCGCGUCAUUGCACCCAGACCACAGCGGAGAGCGAGGAACUGGAGAGGAAACCCAGCCUGCAAAUCGCAGACUCGGAGCACGGCAACCAUUACAACUAUCACCCGAACUCUGGUCCUGUGUAGGGCAGAAGGAGCAGACCACACAACACGCCAUGUGAGAGUCUGGAGGAACCUGUGGACAUGGUGGACAAGCCCAGUGUUCUCAGGCUCCAGCUCUUUGGUCUGGUUCUUUAUGUGAACCACUCACCCAUCUCAAACCACUGGACUAAGAGACAAGGAUAUCCAAAGACUACACAGAAUGUCUCCUUCUUCCUCCCAAAGAUGAAAUUUUAUUCAAAAAAUUCCAAAAUAUCAAUAAGCUUAAUUUGGUUGGAAAUCCAUUGACUGGCCUGGCUUCUGCAGAUCCUAUUGGUUAUUUAAGAGAAAGUUACCAUGGCUCAAAGAUACACACCACCUCCACUGCUGAGACCCUCUCUCUGAGUUAAUCCUGGUAGACACUUUGCCCUGCAUUUCACAAGUCUUAUAAUCAAAAACAGUGAAACUUUCAGUUUGUCAAGUAUUAUUGAUGCCUUUUUGAUGAAUGUAGUUUUACAUUUUUGUUUUAUUGUUUUUACUUUUGUGCUUUACAGAGAUAGUAAUAAUGCCCAUUUUCUGCUGUAUGUCCCAGUGGAAAGGCCUCAAACGUUUAUAAGCUUCAAAGGCAGACUUAAAGCAUUCUGAUGUGCUGUCAUUAGGAGGGUCUGAUCCAUCUCUACAUUUGCAGUAAUCAAAUACAUGUUGAAAUACAUGAUGUGACGUUUGACACAUCUGCAGUCAGGUUUAGUGCUUCAUAAGGUUUUCUUUAGUACUGAUGGGUUUAGUUUGAAAGCGGUUUGGAUGGUAUUAUGUUGAGUGUACUGUGUGUGUUGUGUGGAAAUGUAUUGCUAUUGAUUUUUUUUUUUACAAUUUUCAACCACAGAGGUACACAUUUUCCAGAUAUAUUCUAUCAGCUUUCUUUUCCUGUGGACUGGUGUAUCACAUGCGUGAUAGCUUAACUUACACAUUAAUACAAAAAUAUACCACUAAUUAUAUUGCUAUUCUUUAGAUUUAGUUCUUUUUUACAAAAAAAAAAAAAAAAAAAAUUGAAGAAAGCGGCUUUAAUCUUUAAUUUAUUUGAAACAUCUGCUUUUAGUUGGAAUUUUCUGCACUACUUUGAUGUGCAAUCAUGGAUGCUUGCCACUAUGAGCCAGAAAUACUGUUAAAGGCAUGAGACAUGCUCCAUGUUCCUGAAGGAUGUGAGCCUAUGCUAGAAUAUUUUUAUAUGUUUUAUUUUACAUUAAAUGUGUACAUGACUAGGUCUGAAUGUGCUAUUUUGGUGCUUUCUUUGUCGGUAGUACCUACCACAAAAAUGCUCUCAUAUUCCAAACAUAAGCCAGAUGCCUCGACAGAUCUUUUAAGGCACUCUUGUAAUGAUUAAGAGUAACACAGCCAAAGCCGGAGAUACUGACCCAGCCCCACUUCAAAGCACUGCCUCUUCCUGUGCUGAUACUCGUGGCUCAUUUGUGCUGAGUGUUUCCUGUACAGUGUUGCAGCUGAGCUUGGAGCAGACGUCAGUGAACACCGCAGCCCUGGUCGGGCCCAAAGGGGGACCAGACUCACCUGGUAAUGAUUGUGAGACUCAUGAGCCAAGCUGAGGCUGGGGAAAGGUGGCAUGCUUUAGUGGGGCGUGGUCAUGGUUAUCCCAUAAUGAACUUUGGUCCCUAGAGUCUUCUGCACAUUGAAAACACAUUUCUAACACAAAACAGCUGGAAGUGCUUGUGGUGUGGUGGCGUGUGAGCCCCCCUUGCCUCAGUGUACAUCUAAAUCAUUGGAGCGUUACUGAAGCCGGACCAAGGCCUUGUAUAGUCUGUCCUUCAGACCUGGUGACGUGGCUCUGUGCUAAAGCUUUAUUAGACUAUAGUGCAUUGUGUGGUCAACCCUUAUUGGUUGUUGUGUGAGUGAUUGUUAUCCAAAGAAAUUUAAAUAAAGCUAUGGAAAACAGUU